CAUAGUACAACUUCACAGAAGAACGACGAGUGCUCGCGCGUACGAAGAGCGUGUUGAAGGAUAUUUAACUUCAUCAACAACAACAGCAACAACAACAAAAUAUUUAUAUUUAUUUAUUGACGUACUCUGUCGUUUUUAUUAAACGCUAUUUCGUUAAAAUGAGUCGAAUGGGGAGUAUGUGCACAUUUGAUGAAAUCAGAGUGGAUGACAGAGUGAACGGGUGCAGAAGACUCAGACUCACUCUACACGACCAGAACCAACAGCAGCCCAGCACAGAAAAGCCAAUCGGCAGAGCUUUUGCAUUGGUGCAGCCAACCAGUGAAAGGCAGCCACUGAAGAUAGAGUUGACCAAGCCAUCUGAGGAGCCCCUUGAGGUCAUUAAGGUAUAUUUGGAUGAACGUAAACAGGCACAAGCCAGACACCAACAAAGUCUAAAGAUGCUCUCAGAGGAAGUUUCACAAAUACAGGAGGUAAGAUAUUGUCUAAAGAACCUCAGGGAGCAGAUGGCAGCUAAUGGUCACAGAACAGAACACAAGCUGGUGUUAGCUGGUACUGAUCACAGAAAAGUAAACGGUACUCGUUCAGUACUCAACGGUUUAGAGAAACAGGAGAGUGUGGAUGAGCAUGAGAGAGAGAAGAUGAGGGAGGCCAGUAAGCGUCUGUAUGCUCAGCUGCAGGAGUCAGAGAAGAGGCACCAGGAAGAGAGAGAAAAACUGUUGGAGGAGGCUAACCAGUACAAGCAGCAGUUAUCUGAGCAGAAUGACUAUCUUAAGAGGGUUCAGCAGAGCAAAGAGCAGCAGGAUCAGCAGAUCCAAGACCUCCAACGUCUCAUGAGCGGGAUGGAGCAAGAGAGCACCACCCUCAGAGACCAUCUCAUGACCAAAGAAGCUGAACUCCUGCAGAUGCGGGAACUGAACGAGGAGGGGCAAGCAGGGAGGCAGAGAUCGGAAGAGCUGGAAAAGGAAAAUGCUAUUUUGAGAGAGAAGAUUCAUCACUUGGAUGACAUGCUCAAGAGUCAACAGAGAAAACUACGGCAAAUGAUUGAACAGCUUCAAAACUCACGCAUGGUGAUUCAGGAGAGAGAUCGAGUGAUCAGAGAGCUGGAGGAGAAGGUGGCCAUGCUGGAAGCAGAGAACAAACAAAUGCAUGAUCAGAUGGAUUACUACCUGGGGAGUCAAAGAUCAAAUUCAUACUUGCCAUCAGAUGGCAAUGCGCAGAUUGUCUACAGCAAGCCUCUGAGGCCAUCCAACCAUACCCACAAGAGUCUGCCCUUCAUCAAGGUCAUUGAGAUUAAAUCGUGAAUGUUAUCACAGCAACAUUACAGCACUGCAAUGACAACAGCACCAUCCUGCAAUACACAGUGCACCACUGCGCCAUCGUAAAGCAACAUAAAUGACCACACACCAUCACAGACCUUCACCAAAGGACAUUCUGAUUGCUUGAACAUCAGUUGUAUUGUCUAAAGACCUGUUUUUCCAAGAGUACUUUAAACAGUGCAGCGUGACAUUGCAGUAAAAUGUACAGUUCUGUUACCUUACAUUAUUAUUAAUACUGUUACUAUUACAUUUACCGCAACAUUGAAGUACCAGUUUAGGUUUGGCAGAACAAGGGCUGAAAAUAUCCAUAAAUAUGAAGAUACGUAAAGAAAAUAAAAAUGAACACAUAUUCUCAUUAUUCAGAGGAGUACUUCUGUAUUUAUUUGAGGCUGGCAAGACGAUGCCCCUUACUUAACAUAAAUGGACAGACAGAUUGUGUUGCUAAACACCCUCAUUGAAGCUCUUUAUCUGUCUUAAUCUGCCUCAGCAUUAACUUGGCUUAAUAACUUAAAUGGAUUAAGAGGCUCUUAUACUGAAUUAGAAAUCACAGGUGCAAAUUGGAGACUGUAAAGGGAUGAGAAAAGAGGAUGGGAAGCGUUUUCUGUCCUUGCUUUAAUGAAGGACUGUAAAGAAAUGAAGAAAGAGGGGGAAGGUCUUUCCCAGGUGUUCAUGUUAUGAUGAAGGAUUUUAAAAUUGUAUCUAAAAUAAGGCAGGAAAAUGUGUUCUAUGAUACUGUUGUGGGUAUUUGGCACUUCUGCAAACAAAUCUGAGAUUACUAAGCAGUCUAAGGAAGUACAAGUAAAAGUUCAGGGGUCAGGUGCAGGAUGAUGCUGGCCAAGCCCCCAUUUCUCAAGCAUUUAACAAGGCCUGUUGUCAGUCAAGAAAGCAGUCUCGGAAAAAGAGAACAAAAACAAGAGCACUAGCUACUUGUUUAUGUAUUUGUGUUGCUAGGAUAGUUGACAGUGCUAAAAGAACCCAGUUAUUAGAAUCCCGAUCACCCUGAAGUUUUAACCAUAAUUACAGUUUACUCACUCCCCAUCUUCAAUCCUCUUUUUACUGAAAAACAUAAUUGUACUUGGUCUACAUACUUUUCUCAACCAAAGAAACACUGUUUUCAGCAGAGAGAUUCCAGUGACUUGCCUUUUAUUAAAAACAAAGAAGACUUGUGUUACACAAGUUUUAAGGAAUGUAACACAUACCCUCCACUGAGUCAUUAGGCCAGUAGGGUACUGAAUCUGUUAUGCAUUCCACGCUGCGGUACAAUGUACAGUUACUCAGUCAGUUCAAUAUUAAUGAAACUGAUUUAAGUGUGUUAAUCAAGAACUGAUGCACCUGGCUAGAGCACCUGCCCUCCUCGGACCAAAAUAAAUAAAAUAACAAAAUUGCAAGAGAUUAUUUAUACUUCAGCCAAUUAAUUUAAUUCUGGUGAAAUAUGCAUUUCAUUACUGUUUAUCCACUUUAUUAUAUGUAAAUACUUUUUUUUUCUUUGCGUGAACUUUAACCUUGUAUUGAUUCUUCAGAAAGGGUUCAAAUUAGCACAUAACACACGCCUUUUUUUUUGUAAGUAAAUAAUAUUUUUGUAGUAAAAACUUUAGAGUGAUUUUCAAUGCUUGCAUUAAUGGCAAUGCAUAUUGUGUACUGUGUUUAAAAAUAAAAACUUUCC